AUGUUCUCCCGACCGUUUCCGGCCACGGCGGCCAAUCUCAUUGAGACUAGCCAACUGCGCAGGAGAUAUUAUAGUGCACAAGUGUACGCGCAGACACAGGUGCACUCUCUAUUCCUGUCACUCUCAUAUUCUGGUGGGUUCGACCACUCGACACGACCAGUGAGAGUUAAGGCGCAGGACCGUCGGCUUUACGUGCUCUCCGAGGCACGGGGG